AUGAAAAGAAGAAAACAAAAGAUCGAGAAUCAAUUGGUUACUGUAGAAAAAAAGACGAUGUCUGGAAAACAACACUGUAUUUUUUGUGAUUCACGUUUUGAGCCGUUUUUUCUGACCAACGUCAUCAUUAUUCCCCGAUGGGACCUCCCUUCCCUAAAAUUGAAUUUUAUUACCAAGCUGGACGUGUCGUUGACAGACAAUCCGGCUGAAACGAUUGAAUUAAAAGAAUCGAGAAAGAAGAACGAUUCGAGGAAAAAAGAAGAAGAAUCAUGGAAUUUCUAG